GAUUUUUAAGAAGUUUUUGAAGUUGAAUCGAACGCCGUAUGGACGCAGCCAUGUUUGUCCUUGACCUCCGCUAAGCGAUGAACACCGAAUGUUUCCGAAUGUUGGAGCCAUCUGUCAAAAUGGAAAACAAAUUAAGGUGCAUAAUGUGUACAUAUUAUUUCAAAAAAGAAGAAGAUAGGCUAGAUGUAAGAGCCAUCUGAUAAAGAAACAAAUUAAGGAAUUCAAUUUUCAGGACCAGAUUACAGCCAAUGAAAUUCUUUUCCCUAUGUGAUCCAGCCAAUGAAAUCAUUUUCACAUACACUUUAGCCAAUGAAAUUCCUUUUGACAAGUGAUUCAGCCAAUGAAAUCAUUUUUAGAUGUGACACAAGAUGGAGUAUCAUGGGUUAUUAAAUAGCCGUGUUCUCACUGCAAUGAGAAAGAGGGACAUAGAAAAAGUUCAGCAGUUACUUCUGAUGCCAAACUUUGACCUCAACUAUUCAUCAAAAAAGAAAAUCACCCCUUUGAUUCUUGCAGCAAAAUUAGGAUUGUUGAGUGUUUGUGAAAAACUGGUAUCCUUGAAAGUAGAAUUAUCCUGCUCGGAUCUAGACGGACGGACAGCUUUACACCAUGCUAGUUACCAUGGUUUCACAGAUAUUGUAAAUCUGCUGAUAGCAGCUGGAUGUCAUGUUAACAAGGUUAACCAAGAAGGUGACCUUCCCCUUCAUGAGGCUGUAUCCAAUGGUAACGUUGAAACUGUAGAGGCUUUGUUGGCAGCAGGAAGUGAUAUCAAUAGACCUAAUCAGGUGACAGGAAGUACACCUCUUGACCUGUCUGUACUGCAUGAGAGAGCAGACAUUGUCAGCACAUUAUUAAAGGGUGGUGCUAAUGUUCAUAGGAAAUCCAGUGCUGGAGAAACGGCUCUACAUUUUGCUGUUCAGGUUGGCUCUCUUAAAAUCAUAGAAUACCUGCUAGGUGCUGGCGCAGAUAUUAACAGUGUGAAUAAUCUUGGGGAGACCCCUCUAGCACUUGCUGUUCAAGAGAAGAAAUUGAAUAUUGUGAAAUAUUUAGUAGAAGCUGGUUGUAAGUUUGACCAUUCGGAAUAUCUAUCACCAAUGUACAUAGCGUGCCGUCAGAACAGUCAAGAUAUCAUUAGUUACUUUCUAUCGGAGGGAGUCAAUUUAAGCCGCGACAGGUGGCUUAUGAGAUAUACAUACUUAAAAUUGGAGGAGUCUAACCCAGAAUUAUUGGCAUUUGUGUUCCACCGAUGUGAAAAUCCACUUACGCUAAAAGAGAUCUGUCGAAGUAGUGUUCGUAAAGCAUUACAACCAAAACUAAAGGAAAAAGUUUAUCGCCUAAAAUUGCCAAAAUCGCUCGAGCAUUGGGUAGCUAGUGAUAUAAUUCACGAUAUUUUUUAAUUGUAUUGUACUUAUGUGCCAAAUGUUUUGCCAUUUUAACAAACCUGAGUUUUAACCAAGCUAUUUUAGAGAUUUGUUUUCUAUGAUUGAAAAUAUGUUAUUAUAAGCAUUUUUUAUGAAAUUGUUAUUCGGUCUUAAAGGGUAAUAUUUUGUAGAAUUUUUGUCAGGAUUGUACAGUUAUCUUUAACAAGUGUUUAAAUUUUGUUGUAAUGUGCAUACAAAAUUCUUAAUACAUUUUAUUUCCUGUAAGUACAAGGGGAAACUUGUACAUUGUUCUAGUCAUUAGAUUUAUAUCAUGUUUUUUUGGUUGUUUUUCAUGUGAACUUGUUUGUUUGAUGUUUUUCGUAAGUAUUUAUUUUGAGAAACAAGGGAAUCUAAACAAGACUUAUUUGAUGUUUUUGUGAAGUAUGCAUGUAAUUGUUUUGAGAUAUUCGCAGAAAUGUAAACCAGGAUUGCUCAGUUUUACUUAAUAACCAUAGAAAUUAAUUAUCACAGCAUUUAAAGUUAUUUUUGUAUUCUCAGACUUACUGUUUGUGGCAUGAUAUGCCAGGAAGCUUGAUAUCAAAUUUCAAUGUUCAAAUUUCUUUUAUUACAAUUUUUAUGCCAGAUAGCUUACUUAUGAUAUGUAUAACUAUGUACAUGUACAUAUUUGAAAUUUUAUAUAGUUUUGCCUGAAUAGACUUUUUUAAUGUUAUAAGAAUCGUUAAAAUAGCUUUUACUUUUGUUUCAAUCAUAUUUACAUACGCUCGAUCGUGAAGAAAAACUGUAGCUCAAUAUUUGAACCACUCUUCACCUUUGAGCUUUUAUGUUCAGCAUUGUUCCUGAAAUUGUUGAUAUUGAUAUAUUAUUGUUUUGGUUUAUUUAUAUCAUCACUAUUUAUAACCAUUUUGAAGUAUUUUAAAAAGCUCGAAACAUGACCUACUUUGGUGCUGGCUCAUCACACAUGUUUGUAGUUGACCUUGACCUUGAUAUAACCACUCAAGGUCACGAUUUUCUCAUCAUGUACAUUUGUAUUUAUUUUUUCAUUGGAUAUUGUGUUUAUAUGGCUCGAUAUUUUUCAUCUUUUUUUAGAUGGUAUUUGUGACAGAAAUGAUAGAAUAAAAUUUGAGCCGCGUCACUACAAAACCAAUAUAAUGGGUUUGCGACCAGCAUGGAUCCAGACCAGCCUGCGCAUCCGCGCAGUCUGAUCAGGAUCCAUGCUGUUCGCUUACAAACCCUAUAACAAGUAGAGAAACUGAUAGCGAACAGCAUGGAUCCUGAUCAGACUGCGCGGAGGCGCAGGCUGGUCUGGAUCCAUGCUGGUCGCAAACCCAUUAUGUUGGUUUUGUCAUGACGCGGCUCAUUUAUUUGAAAGAAUAUCAAAAUGUGUUUACCAUAUUUCUGAUGACAUAUAUAUGAAAUUUUUGUUGGGUCUUUUCAUAAAAUUAUACCAUAUUGCUAUAGUAAUGAAUGGUCCAGUUGUCUGCUUGCUAAGGUCAAUAGUGAGGGAAUAUAAUUCAGUAAUCCAGGGGUUGCUUAUAGUGCUAUCCCAUGGGGAGGCAAAAUUUUUGUUUGAUAGUUGACAAAGAAAAUUGAAUCUUAUGAUAAUUUAUUUAUUCAUGUUGGAUAAGCAGUUGGUCACUUGCAGAUAAUUGGAUAAUUACUGGUUAGUUAUCCAGUUUUGAGUUGGAAGUCUGCCAAGAUAUGACCAAAAAUGUGUUAAAUUAGUAUAAGGAAAAACAAAAACUAACAAACUUGGUAGAAUUAUUGUGGAAUCAUCAAAGUUCAGAUAAAAAUUUUAAAAAUCAUAUGCUUUUAUUUUUUCAACAAGAGUUGUGUCCCUUAAUAGGGAACGCUUUCAGUCAAAUCAAGAAUUGAGUUUUCUACCAGUUUUCAAUUUAAUUCUGAGUGAAUUUCUUUAUGAAAUUUGGCACAUUCUUUCAUUAGAAGUGUUUCACUUGAUAUUUGAAAGAUUUUCAAAUUUUAUGUUUUUAGGCCUUUUGAUCUCAGUGGUGUUACAUGUAUGUACUUUAAUAUUUGUGUGGGUGCUAAGUGGAAAGAAAACACAAACUAACAUUGUUUUUCUUGUGUAGUUUAUAUUUUUAUUUCAUUACAUCUCUUUUUUCAAAAUUUUUUCUUUGAUAUGCUAAAUCAUGACACCUAUAGGCAAUAACAUAAUGACAGAGAAAAACAGAAAAUUAAAAACAAUUUCCAUGUUAAAAUAUCUGCGUUUGCACUCUGAAAUUUACACUUUGAACAUAGAAAGAAGAUUUGCCAUACAGGACAAGUUUAAUUGAAUGAUAAUUAUUUUGGAAGUUUAUCAUUUUGAUUGUAUAAGAAACUGCAAAAUAAGUUCAUAUUUCAAUUUAUUACAUGCUUUUUUGUGGUUUAUAGAAAUAUAUCAGUGAUAUAAAACUGGUAUUUUCACUGUUUGAAACAGUGAAAUUACCACUUUGAUAAUUUCACUGUUUUGAAUUUAAGCCCCUUACAUUGUUUCAGUGAAAUACCAGCGUGCACAGAACUGGGUACCAACUUAAUGACGUGACGUCGUAAAUGACGUCAUGUUGUAUUAUUAUUUGGCGCGCUUUUCAUUCAGUAUUAGGUUUAAAGUCUUUUUAAAACGUUUCUUUGCAUAUAAUAAAAAGAAAAUAUGUUUAGUUUAGUGUAUGAUCGAAAUAUAUUUCACCUUGUGAACACCAAAAGUUCAUAUUUCACUCGUGGCUGCGCCACUCGUGAAAUAUACCUUUUGGUGCUCACUCGGUGAAAUAUAUUCCGAUCUUACACUGAACUAAACAAAUAUCCUCUAUAUAUUUAACUUAACAUUUGUAUUUUUUAAUGACAAGUGUGAAUUGUUUUUAUCAAUGUAUACAUACAACAACCUUGUACUUCUUCAUGAUUUCUCAAUAUUAUUGUUAAGGGGAGCAGUGGCCUAGUGGUUUAGGUGUGUGCUUCUCUACCCAGGGAUCAUGGGUUCGAGCCAUAUUCGGGUCAUGACCAUGUUUCUUUACAUGGUUGUUUCCAGGAAGCCCGAAAGUGAUUAUCAUAAUAUGCAUUGCCAAGAACUUGUUUCACAAUCAAGCUUAAAUAACAUAUGUUUAAACCAAUAUUGUUGCAAAUGGUCAAAAAUGAUAUUAUAUUGUUAAAAACAUGAUAAAAAAAUCGAAAAGCAACGACAGAAAAUUAUGUUUGAAGAUAAUAUCUCUGAUACUAUAAUUGGUAAUGAUCCAAAUAAAAUGAAGAAAGUUGUAAAA